AUGGACUCGAAACAGUUCAAAGAGGCUGCUACGUCGGCAAUUGAUGAAAUCGUGAAUUACUACGAUACCAUAGAGAAUCGUCGCGUUGUCUCAAACGUCGAGCCUGGAUAUCUCCGGAAGAUCCUCCCCAGUGGGCCACCAGAGGAAGGAGAAGCAUGGGCAGACAUCCAGGCAGAUAUUGAGACGAAAAUCAUGCCGGGCCUGACACAUUGGCAGUCGCCCAACUUCAUGGCUUUCUUCCCAGCCUCGUCCUCUUUCCCAGGCAUGCUCGGCGAACUAUACUCUGCUGCAUUUACCGCACCAGCGUUCAAUUGGAUAUGCUCGCCUGCCGUCACCGAGCUCGAAACCAUUGUCCUCGACUGGCUCGCCAAACUCCUCAACCUUCCCGAGUGCUACCUCUCGACCACCCAUGGCGGUGGUGUCAUCCAGGGCUCGGCCUCAGAGGCCAUUGUGACAGUUAUGGUUGCAGCACGCGAUAAAUAUCUUCGCGAAACGACGUCGCACUUAUCCGGCCUUGAACUUGAAGAUUCAAUCGCACAUAAACGAAGCAAGCUGGUGGCAUUAGGGAGCGAGGCGGCCCACAGUGCGACACAGAAAGCCGCGCAGAUUGCUGGAGUACGAUUCCGCUCCAUCCCAGUAUCGAAGGAGAGUAACUUUGCCCUGACAGGCGAAGCGCUAGAGGAAACAUUGAAACAAUGCAAAGCUGAAGGACUGGAACCAUUUUUCCUCACGACGACGUUAGGAACGACAGCCACCUGCGCAGUGGACGACUUUGCAGCUGUUGCAUCUGUUCUAGCAAAGCAUGCACCCCCAAAUGUUCCUGGUGAGAUCUGGGUACAUGUAGAUGCUGCGUACGCCGGGGCAGCUUUAGUCUGCCCGGAAUACCAACACCUGACAGCAUCCUUCGAACAUUUCCAUUCGUUCGAUAUGAACAUGCACAAAUGGCUCCUCACGAACUUCGACGCCUCGUGCCUAUUUGUAAGGAGACGAAAGGAUCUCAUCGACGCCCUCUCCGUCAUGCCCAGCUACCUCCGCAACGAGUUCUCCGACAGCGGUCUCGUGACCGAUUACCGCGACUGGCAGAUCCCUCUGGGACGCCGCUUCCGCAGCCUCAAGAUCUGGUUCGUGCUCCGCACCUACGGUGUCAAGGGCCUCCAAGCGCACAUCCGCAAGCACAUCAAACUAGGCGAGGUCUUCGCCGACCUGAUCAAGACGCGACCCGAUCUCUUCACCAUCCUCAGCGGUCCGGCCUUCGCCCUCACCGUCUUCACCAUCGUGCCGAAGACGGCGGGCAAGGAAGCCCAGGACCAGAUCUCGAAAGAGGUCUACGAGCUGGUGAACAAGAGGGGCGAGAUCUUCAUCACGUCGAGCGUCAUCGCGGGCAUCUAUGCGCUGAGGGUAGUGAGCUCGAACCCGUUGGCCGAGGAACAGUUCCUGAGGAAAGCUUUCCGGAUCUUGGUCGAGACGACGGAGGAAGUUAGAGAUGGGAAAGUAAUAACGAAGGAGAAUUCAAUCUAA